CGCGGCAGCGCGCAGCUUUUCGCCGGGCGGGAUUUCCGCAAUAUCAAGUAUGGCGAAGACGUACGAUUAUUUGUUUAAGUUACUGCUAAUCGGAGACUCCGGUGUCGGGAAGACCUGCGUGCUGUUCAGGUUUUCAGAGGAUGCUUUUAACUCGACAUUCAUCUCCACCAUAGGCAUUGACUUUAAGAUUAGAACGAUAGAGCUAGACAACAAGAAGAUAAAGUUACAGAUAUGGGACACAGCAGGGCAGGAGCGAUUUCGAACAAUCACAACAGCAUACUACAGAGGCGCGAUGGGUAUCAUGCUAGUUUAUGACAUCACCAACGAGAAGUCCUUCGAAAACAUAAAGAACUGGAUACGGAAUAUAGAGGAGCAUGCAUCGGCUGAUGUUGAAAAGAUGGUCCUCGGUAACAAAUGUGACAUCAAUGACAAACGGCAGGUGUCCAAAGACCGGGGAGAGAAACUGGCGCUGGAGUACGGUAUUAAGUUCAUGGAGACUAGUGCAAAGGCCAACAUCAACGUGGAAAACUCGUUUUUGACACUUGCCAGAGACAUCAAAUCAAAGAUGGACACAAAAUUGGAGGGCAGUAGUCCUCAGGGGAGCAGCCACAAGGUGAAGAUCUCUCAGCCCCAGAAGAAGAGCAGCUUCUUCCGCUGUGCCCUACUGUGAGGACCAGACCAUGGGUGUAUACCAAAUGGCCCACUAUUCCAUAUAUAGUGUGCUAUGUUUGACCAGGGCCUAUAGAACUCUAGUCAACAGUAGUGCACUAUGUAGGGAAUAGGGUGCCAUUUGGGAUGCAUACCAAAGGCCUUACCUACCCUCCGCCUGCCCUGCCUGGGAUAUGCUGGGGUGCUGGCUGGACACAACUGGACUGUGCUUGCUCCCAGCACCCCCCUCUCCUUCUACCCUAUUCCCUUCAGCCAGUCCCAAUUCACUCCCCGCCUCUUCCCCUCAGCCCUAACCCUUAGAUGUUUGUGUAUCUGAAGUGUUUGAAUAGAUAUAUGCAGUUGUUUACACCUUGCAUAUACAGUGAGCUCCAGAAGUAUUGGGACAGUGACACAUGUUUGGUUGUUUUGGCUCUGUACUCCAGCACUUUGGAUAUUUGUGCAUCUGUCAUUUCUUUUCACUCGUCAUUAUUCACGAUACAUUCAGGAUUAUCCGUAACCAUGGUAGCAUGGUAGCAUUUAAUGUAGAUGUGUUAAGAAACAAUUCUAUUAUUAUUUACAAUAAAAGUGACUGAAAAAUAGCACAAUAACAAACA